UCGAAUUGUUUGCUACGAUCUCAAUUAAUGUGGACAGCACUACUAAUUUAUUCAACCCUCAAUACCACACAUACCAUGACAAGUGAUUUUGUGUUCCUCCGCAAACAGAUGAGGUACACACAAAUUUUAUAUCUCUUCAAAAUAAAACAUAUUUUACGUUUAUGUGGCGAAAGUUUAAUUAAAAAUUUAACUAUUUUAGUACGCUGCCAUGUCAAAGCCAUCAAUAUUAAUCAUAGAACCGUUUUAUGGAGGUAGCCACAAGCAGCUGAUCGAUACAAUCAUCGAGUGCUUAAACAUCUGUGACUAUGAAAUAUUUAGUCUUCCCGCAAAGAAAUGGCAUUGGCGUGCGCGUACAGGCGCCUUAUACUUCUCACAAAUCAUACCGGUGGAUCAUGAAUACAAAGUGCUUUUUACCAGCUCAGUGCUGAACUUGGCGGAGCUGUUAGGUGUACGUCCAGAUUUGGUUAGUUGUAAAAAGAUUGUUUAUUUUCACGAAAAUCAAUUAGUCUAUCCAGUGCGUGAGGUGAAGGAGCGCGACUGUCAAUAUGGUUUGAACCAAAUACUAACAUGCCUUUCUGCCGACAAUAUAAUAUUCAAUUCGAAUUUCAACCGCACAUCAUUCCUGGACAGCAUUACACCUUUUCUCAACAUACAACCCGAUUUUAAAUUGAAACACAUACGCGAUAAAAUUGAGAAAAAAUGUGAAGUUCUCUACUAUCCUAUUAAAUUCCACGCCUUCCCCAAUAAACGACUGAUGAUUGGUGGUGCGGAACCAUCUCUAACCACACUGAUGAGUGACAAAGACUGUUUGCAUCUGAUCUGGCCACAUCGCUGGGAGCACGAUAAAAAUCCAAAGUUGUUGGUGGAGGUACUUUUGGAGUUGAACAAGCGUCAAGUGGACUUUAAAGUGACAAUAUGUGGCGAAAAUUAUCAGGCAGCACCAGAGUCCUUCGACGGCUUACAAGAUAAGUUGGGUGCCAAGCUAAUAAAUUUCGGUUUCUUGCCGCGUGAUAAGUACAUAAAAACUUUACUGUCCGGUGAUGUUGUAAUCUCGACGGCGGGACAUGAAUUCUACGGUGUAGCUAUGCUUGAAGCAACGUACUGCGGCUGUAUGCCGAUAGCGCCGAAUAAACUCGUUUACCCGGAAAUAUACCCCAAAGAGAAUCUCUACAACACUUCCAAUCAGCUGAUUAAAAUGCUCUACAAUUGGUGUCGCAAUCCGGAAUUGUUUCGGCGUCAGAGAGACACAUUUUUUGAAUAUUUUACAUUCGAUCGCUACUCAGCGCAACAUUUAGUGCCUAAAUUCCUAGAGAAAUUGCGCAUUUAAUGACGCACUUUUUUCAUUUGCCAGCUUAUAGGUUUUGUGCAAUAUCUGGCGAAGCAAAAAUUAUCGUAUACAUACAAGUUGUAUAACAAUAUUCGAAUGCAAAGCGAUCUAAAACUGUAAGUAUGUGUUGCCAUGCAAACUUAUCAACUAACUGUGAGAGAUCGCAGUUUCGUCACAGGUGGCGAAAAUCAAAGA